CCAUGGGCUUUUUAACGACGUCACUACUGAUUGCCGUCAAUGUUGCAAUCCUUGCUAUCUUCGUCGGUGUCUCCGUCUUUCCUGUUGACGACAAAGGAAUUCUUUCUCCCGAACUGAGAACGACUUAUGACUAUAUCAUAGUUGGGGCAGGUUCCGCAGGGACUGUUCUUGCGUCCCGUUUGUCCGAGAAUGGUGACGUGACCGUCCUGCUGAUCGAGGCGGGCGGUGAUGACCGGAACCAGAAGACGCUGGAUACUCCUCUGAUGGUAGCCUUGAACCCGAUGGAAACAUUUGACUGGGCCUAUUUGACCGAACCUCAGCAACAUGCACAUUCAGGACUAAUAGAAAAGAGGGGAGCAUGGCCGCGUGGUAGAGUCUUGGGAGGAAGCAGCCAGUUAAACUGUAUGCAGUAUGUCAGAGGGCAUCGCCAUGACUACGACAGCUGGGCAGCCAGUGGCAGUGAGGGGUGGAGUUACGAAGAUGUUCUCCCGUACUUUAAAAAGUCGGAAGACAUACAAAUUGAUAGAUUAAAAAAUUCAGAAUACCAUGGCCGGGGAGGUCCACUGACUGUGACGGAAAUGAACGCAAUACCCGUCGCUGACUACUUCAUCAAGGCGGGAAUGGAACUCGGGUUCAAGGAAAUAGACUACAACGGAGAACACCAGGAAGGAUUUAGUAGAUCGCAGGUUUCAAUUCGUAAUGGCGAACGUAUGAGCACAUCCAAGGCGUUCCUGUGGCCUGUGAUAGACAGACCCAACCUGCACGUCCUCGCCAACAGUCACGUCACGAAGGUAAUGAUAAACAAGAAGACAGCAGUUGGUGUCGAGUAUGUUAAAGAUGGCCGCCUGUACAGAGUUCGUGCAUCAAGGGAGGUAAUCUUGUCAGCUGGUGCAAUUGGAUCGGCACAGCUGCUGUUGCUGUCAGGGAUCGGGCCAAAAAAACACUUGGAGGAGAUGAAGAUUCCAGUUCAAGCUAGCCUCCCAGUUGGUGAAAGCUUACAGGAUCACAUGUUCCUCACCAUGGUGUCGAAAAUUCAGAAGCCUAUUUCCCUCACGAAACAGAAAUUAGAGUCAACCCUUGCUUUAAUCAAAUAUCGUGCAUUGAAAAUAGGUAAGAUAUAUUUCCCUGAAGGAUUUAUUCCAGCAUAUAUCCCUAAUAUAUUACCAAUUAAGCAAAUUUUAAUGCGUAUUUUCCUGUUCAGUCUUUUAACAUCAAGCGGCGGUCUGGAAGCCAUGGCGUUUGUGAAGACGAAAUCCGACGAGCCAAGUCCAGACGUUCAGUUUCACUUUGUCUGUGCUUCAAUGGACAAAAGUCUGGCCCGUCUAUUUAACAUUGACCAAAAGAUAGUUGCUCAUUUCAACUGGACGUAUGUUAAAGAAGGUUUCACAAUCUUCCCAACUUUACUCCGCCCAAAGAGCAUGGGGACAAUCCGCCUGAGAAGCAACAACCCGUUUGAGCAUCCUAUCAUCGAUCCCAACUACCUGUCUCAUCCUGAUGACGCCAAGACUUUAGUUAGAGGUGUUCGCAUGGUCCAGAAACUUCAUCAGACAAAGGCAUUCAAGGAAAUAGGAGCCCAGCUUGAAGACACACCCUUCCCGACAUGCAACACUAUGAAGUAUGACACUGAUGAAUACUGGGAGUGUUACAUCCGGGCACUGGCUACAACAGUCUACCAUCCGACCUCCACGUGCAAGAUGGGGAAACCAAGCAACCCAACUACAGUGGUGGAUCCUCAACUGAGAGUGAAGGGUAUUGCUGGACUGCGAGUCGCGGACGCCUCCAUCAUGCCGGCCCUCGUGUCAGGGAACACAAACGCCCCGUGCAUUAUGAUUGGAGAAAAGGCGGCAGACAUCAUCAAAAGUAGCAAAUAAGGCUCAGGAUAAUCUUGCUUCCACAUAUUAGAUAGAUCAUCUA